UCUUCGAAGAGUAUUUGAUCUGAAUUUUACUUAUCUGUGAUUCUUCGAUCGAGCAAAAAGAAAGAUGUCAUUUCGUUUUAGAUGAAUAUAUUUCCACUUUAAACCUGUAGCAGCGGCCCUAUUUUCAUGCCCUGUCCUCUGUAGUUGCGAACCAGCACCUUGCAUCUUUAGUUUCACUUUUCCUUCUUCAAUGACACCGAAAAGGCGACUCAAAAUUUAGGUAAAUGUCGAACUAUCCUCUUCCGCCGCCGCCACCACCACCGUCAUCCAUAACUCUUCAACAAAAUAAACAUCCGCAAACCACGAUCAUAACAAAGACGACCGCAUCCGAAUUGAUAUGUGAUAGCAAUAAUAAUAAUAAUAAUAGCUACGGUACAAACAAUGAAAACAAAAACAACAACAGCAGUCCCACCUUGAUCCAUUAUCAACCCCAUUUAACCUUCAGCACCUCGGGUGAGUGUAUCUGGGCAAACCAAUAUCCGGAAAUCCAGAAAGCAUGCUACUUAAGAAGAGUUUGUCAAUACGCUCGCCCCAAAGAGCUACGUGUUCAAAAUGUGGCAUCCAUACUACAAGUGGGACCCACAUGUGGUUUAACGGCUUUGAGUAUGCUCUUCGAGGGCUCCCCGUCUACAACAACUCUUCUGGAAUUGGCAAUCGGAAAAGGGUAUUCAAACAAUGGAGAAAUGUUCAGUGCCAGGCAGCUCGCUGAUUUGCUGGCAAUCGGGUUGCAGGAAAAUUGCCAUCUAGUCGAAUACAAACCGGUCACUCAUACUCUGCAAGAAGGCAAUCUGGACAGUCCGGAAAAUGUGGCCAAUCUUCGGCAGGGCUCUAUAUUUUUGGUGCCAUAUGAUCCGGAUCGUGAUCACACACCAUGCCUUAACCAAGGCCAUAAAGCCCACUGGGCUUUAGUCGUAGGCUAUCUAAUAGAUCAGUAUGACGAAUAUUAUGUAUUCGCCCGACAUGGGAAAACAAAAAACAUGGCACUCUGGUCGCUGCGCGAUCUGGCGCACAGUAACGCUAAUCUAUUCGAAUUCUGCCAGCCAAGUGGUCACCCGGAAGGAGUUUUUGUUCUACCGGAAGGAGGCAUCGGUGGUCGCAACGGACUUCGUAACAAAUUUAUCGUUAUAGAGAACUACAAAGCAAAGGAGGAAAUUGUCCUAUGACGCGCUAAUCAGCAAAAUCCAUACUGCGCUCCCUCGUGUUAUUGUGACGCAACGAAAUUAAGUACUUAUUUUGUUGGCAAAUGCAAAUCCGUCUGUUUUGUGUUUUGGCCUCAUUGUUUUGAUUAGAAGAAUUACCUAUUUACUGCUCUAUCUAACUAGAUUUUAUCAGCUUUUAAAUACUUCUAAUAAAAACAGUAUUCAAAAGUUAUGUACUAGGAAUCUAAUACGUGUACCACUCAUUCAUAAAUUAUUUCUUGCUUAUUUACAGUUGAAUAACGCUCAAUAAAUUAUAUAUUUUGA